AUGUCUGAAGCCUACGAACGCGAGCGCCAGAACAACGCUCGGCUGGACGAGCUCUCCGCAAAGGUCACCGCCCUGCGCGGCGUCACCGUCGACAUCUACGACAACGCGCGCGCCCAGGAUGUCAUCGACAACACCUCCGACACCUUCUCCUCCAUGUCGACCAGCAUCAAGGGCUCCGCCGGCCGCCUGACUCGCAUGGCCGCUUCGGGCAAUCAGGUUGCCAUUAUGAAGCUCGCGGGCAUCGUCAUCGUUACGUUCCUGGUGCUGUACUACGGCUUGAAGAUGCUUUUCUAA